GCGCUCGUGACGCUCGCCAACAUGAUCGAGAGAGGAUGGGCCUGGCCCCACCAGCUGCUGCACAACUGGCACGCCCUCCUCCUCAAGCUUGCGACGCAGGUCGUCGGCAAUGAGAGGGACGUCGGCCUCCUUCCCACCACCGUGCGCAGAUGGGGCCGCAUGACCAAGACGGUGAUGACGGAGUGGUGCGACCAGAAGGCCGCACCCUGGGACGCGGCAGCGCGUGGCAGCUCGGCCUUGCAGCCGGCGCUGCUCACCGGAGUGAGGGAUGAGACGCGCGCGCACGUUGGAGUGAAUGAGCAGAGCAAUUGCUCUAUGGACGUGGAGACGUUCUACGACAACAUGGACCUGGCCCUCAUGGUCGAGCAGAGCAUCUGCUUGGAGGCUCUGCCUGUCGAGCUCUACCUCAGUUGCCUCACGUACCUGGCGCCCCGUGCGGUCAAGACCCAUGGCGCCUACAGCGAUUACAUCGUGCCCAACUGCGCGAUGCUCCCUGGAUGCGGCAAGGCGAACCAUUGGGCACGUGCAUUCCUCUACUACCUCAUGGAGACUGCCUACAGCAAG